GAUAUUAAAGUAGGUAUACCUUGUUGAGGAAGUUUUGUGCAAACUAUUUAUUUCCUUUAGAUGUAAGGAAUGCUUUGUAUCUCUCUUCCCUUUUGUUUUGGUUUGCACAUAACAUUCUUGUGUUAGCUAUUGCUCCUUGUUGAGAAAGAAGUGGUUUUAGCACAAAGAGAAAGAAAGAAUGGAGAGGAGUUGUAUUGCCAAAGACAAUGAGGAAGGUCUUGAUUUGGUAGAGACUGUGUUCAAUUGGUCUCUCAAGGAUGUUCUCAACGACAACCUCUGCAAACACAAGGUACUGAAGAUCCCACAGACAUUCCUGUCAACAACAGAUUACUUGAACUCCUUCAUUCCUUCACUGAUUGAGGAAACUCGGAGCGAUCUAUGUUCGAACUUGAAAGGUGUGUCGCGGGCUUCCUUUUGCGAAAUCUCAAGCAUUGAACUCGAGAGGUCAAGAAGCUUCAUACCUACCAAGAGCUUGUUCUACCAAAUAUCUGUGAACAGAAGCAGCAAUGAUGUGAAUGGAAAAUAUGAGCCUGAGGUUGGAGACCUCAUUGCCUUCACUGAUAUUAAACCGAAAACCGUAGAUGACUUAAUCAACAGGCCUAAAAGAAACUACCAUAUCGGUUAUGUUCAUGGAAUAAAAGAAAGUAUUGACAAGAUCUCAAUAUUAUCAUCCAAAAGCUUUGACAUGGACAUUCAGUUUGCCUUGAGGAGCAAGAGUGAUGCACCAAAGCUUUAUGCCUUCCAUCUUUUGAACCUUACCACAAAUGUUCGAAUUUGGAAAGCCUUGAAGUCACAGCUUGAGGGUGCAAGCUUGAGCAUGAUGAAGAAAGUGCUGCAAGCUGAUAUAAAUAAUGGAGAAAAUUGCCAACUUUGCUUUUCUGGGGAAAACCAUAGUGUAGCUUGUUCUAGUGUACAAAACAUAAUCCGGUCUCAAAAUCUGAAUCAAUCCCAGAAAGAAGCAGUUGUAAGCUGUGUUACUUCGAGGGAAUGUCAUCAUAAUGACACUAUUAAACUUAUUUGGGGCCCACCAGGAACUGGCAAAACAAAGACAGUGGCUUCCUUGUUAUUUUCCCUGCUCAAGUUAAAAGCCAGAACAUUAGCAUGUGCUCCAACUAAUACUGCAGUUUUGGAAGUGGCUGCUCGCCUGCAGAAUUUAGUUAUGGAGACACUUGAGUGUGAUACAUUUGGCUUUGGUGACAUAGUUGUAUUUGGCAAUAAAUCUCGAAUGAAAGUAGACAGUUACCGGUGCCUCAACGAUGUCUUUCUUGAUUAUCGCGUAGAUAAUCUCUUGAAGUGUUCUGGAUGGAAACAUUCCCUGGAAUCAAUGAUCAAGUUAAUCGAGUACCCCAAGCAGCAAUAUGAUUCGUAUAAGCGUGAGGAAGAAAAUAGUCUUAAGUCAUUGGAAGAAUUUGCUAAGCAAAAGUACUUUAAUGAAAAGCAUGAUGAUCAUCUGACAUUAGAGCAAUUUUUGAAGAAGGAAUCCACUUGCAUUGAAGAGCAAUACCUUUUGUAUAAGGAUCAUAAAAGGAAAAAUAUCAAGACAAUGGAGCAAUAUUUUAUGCAGAGAUUGCGUUCCAAUAGAGAGCAACUCGAGGAAUACAUGCGAACCUUGCAUACACACCUACCAACUUCUUUAAUUCCACUUGAGGAGAUAAAGAAAAUGCCUGUAGCUCUUGAUUUGCUAAGUUCUCUUGAAAACUCUUUGAGUAAAGAUAAGUUCAAGCAAACUUCUGAUGGCUGUGAGGAUGGAGAAAGCAUUCUUGACUGCCUUGGAAGGUUAAGCAUUAAAAAUGAAGAGUGCCUUGUCAAACUGAGAUCACUUUCUCAGACAAUUUCACUUCCAAACAUUACUGACAAAUAUGAAAUGGCAAAAUUUUGCUUGAUGAGUGCACGCCUGAUUUUCUGUACUGCUGCGAGUUCUACUAAAUUGUUCGCAGAUGGAAUGACACCCGUAGAAUUCCUAGUUAUUGAUGAAGCAGCUCAGCUGAAAGAAUGUGAAUCAACCAUUCCGUUGCAGCUACCAGGCCUUCACCAUGUAAUCCUCAUUGGUGAUGAAAAACAACUUCCUGCGGUAGUCAAAAGCCAGGUUUCUCAAGAAGCUGAAUAUGGAAGAAGUUUGUUUGAGAGGCUGGUAUCGUUGGGACACAAGAAGCAUCUGCUUAAUGUUCAGUAUAGAAUGCACCCAUCCAUCAGCUUAUUCCCAAAUAAGGAGUUCUAUGAGAAGCAACUUUCUGAUUCCCCUUUUGUCAGAGAAGUGAGCUACAACAGGCAUUUCCUUGAAGGAAAAAUGUAUGAUUCGUACUCGUUUAUAAACAUAGCCAAGGGUAAAGAGAAGAUGCCUCGUGCUGGACAUGGUUGGAAGAACAUGGUUGAGGCUGCUGCUGUUUGCAAGAUUAUUGAAAGCCUUGAAAAUGAAUUUUUUAGUACAGGGAAGAAAGUUAGCAUAGGAAUCAUAUCUCCAUAUAAUGCUCAAGUGUAUGAAAUCCAGGAAAGAAUCACACGGCAAAAUUUGGUUUCUGAUCCUAACUUCUCUGUCAGUGUUCGUUCUGUUGAUGGCUUUCAAGGUGGUGAAGAAGAUAUAAUAAUAAUCUCCACUGUGAGAUCUAAUAAGAAUGGAAAAAUAGGUUUCCUUGACAAUAGGCAAAGAGCUAAUGUGGCACUGACUCGCGCUAGAUAUUGCCUGUGGAUAUUAGGGAAUGAAAACACUUUAAGCAGUGACUACUCUCUAUGGAGAAAUCUAGUCAAUGAUGCUAAGGAAAGAGGGUGUUUCCAUAAUGCUGAUGAUGACAAGAAACUGGCAAAGGCCAUUGAGGAAGAAUCCUUGCUUAUUGAACUACUUGAUGAAUAUGAGUCCCCAUUUAAGAAACUCAGUCUAGGGAGCACUUCACGAACAAGAACAACUGCUACCACCUUCAGAGGGUCUUUCAGGGGCAGGCCAAGGACACCAAGGUGGUGAUGGUGAGGGAAGGGAUUAUAUAGAUUUGCACCGGGGAACAAUGAUACACGUUGUAAUAGUUUGCCUGAAGAUGUUGUAAAAUGUGUCCUUUUAUAUUAUAUUAGAGAAAUGCUAGCACUCCUCUUAAGGCAAAUCCAAGGCUGUGUUUACCUGAAGAUGGUGUAAGAUGUGCCCUCUUAUCUCGAGUAUCUGCACUGUCGAAGAGUGAAUGAGAAAGGGCGUCAGGGUGUGCCAGUUCCAAGUAUGCUAAAUCCACGAGGGAGUUAAUAUAUUGUAUAUCUGUGUACAAGGGUCAAAGUAAAGCAAAAAUAACUUUAGUGAUUUCUCAAAUCCAAUAAAAAUAAUGUUAUACUCUAUAUAUACGAAUUACAUGUUCAAAGCAUUCUUCCA